CACCGAUCUAGAGAAGAGAAGAGCAAGCUGUGGACGAGUAGGCAAAGCACGAGAGAGCGAGCCAGAGAGGAAGGAUGAGCCGGAGCCUAGGGAUCCCGGUGAAGUUGUUGCACGAGGCGGCGGGGCACGUGGUGACGGUGGAGCUCAAGAGCGGCGAGCUCUACCGUGGCUCCAUGAUCGAGUGCGAGGACAACUGGAACUGCCAGCUCGAGAACAUCACUUACACCGCCAAGGACGGGAAGGUGUCGCAACUGGAGCAUGUUUUCAUCAGAGGCAGCAAAGUAAGGUUUAUGGUCAUCCCUGACAUGCUGAAAAAUGCGCCAAUGUUCAAGCGCUUGGAUGCGAGAAUUCGAGGCAAGGGAUCAGCUCUUGGAGUUGGCCGGGGCCGUGCUGUCGCUAUGCGUGCUAGG